AAGUCUGCCGUCUGCGAGCCCUCGGCCGUUUGGCCGAGAAAUGACCAAGAAAUUGACGUCUAGUGUCCUUUCUCUCUCUGUCUCUCUCCCUCCUCCUCUUUCUUUUCUCGCAUCUCCACCAACUCCACCUCAAAAAGGUGCAUUUCGCUCUCUUCUCCUCCUCUUCUCUUCCACCAGCUCGCUCGGCUUACGCCGGAGGAACUCUGCUUCCCUUCCCUGCACUGCCCGUCUGUGUUGGAGAAAGAAGAGAGAAAGGAAAGAACGAAAAUGGCCCCUUUCUUCCUCUAUUUCUUUGUCUCCCUCCUCUCCGGAGUCACGUCGCAGGCCGCAAGCCCGGAGCUUCGUCCCCUCAGCUCCGACGGCUUCGACCCCACCACCGUCCCUUCCUUCCCCGUCGCACGGGGCGUCAACCAGAGCUCGGCCUGCCACCUGGACCUCUCCGACGAGCUCUUCGGCGGGGUCAGCGACGCCUGUGCCCGCGGCACCCUCGACCGGAGCCGAUGCUGCCCCGUUCUCGCCGCCUGGCUCUUCGCCGCGCACGCUCGCUACGCGCUCGAGCUCCGGCCGCCGCCGCAGGCCGAGGAGGGCCUCGCUGCCGCCGACGGGCCGAUGAUGCCGGACGACAACCAGAAGUGCGUGGACACGCUGCACAGCGCGCUGGAGCGGCGCGGUAUCCGCCUGCCGCGGGCCAACGCCACCUGCGACACCGUACUCUGCUUCUGCGGCAUCCGGCUCCACCAGGUUGGGUCGCUUCGGUGCCCGGCAGCCUUUAACGUCAGUGGCGGAAAGGAUCCUCCGCGGAACGCCACGCCGACGGCGGCGGUCCGUCAGCUGGAGCGCGACUGCCUCAACUCGUCGUACGCCGGCUGCACUCGAUGCUUGCACUCUCUCGAAAAGGUCAAGGGAAACGGCGGCGGGGUAAACAGCAGCGUAAGCGGAAACCGGACGGCGAGAAUGUUCGGCCGCGACUGCCAACUAAUGGGCCUGACGUGGCUGCUGGCCAGGAACCGGACGGCGUACAUCCCCACGGCCUCCGCCGUCCUGCGCGCCGUGCUCUACAGCGCCCAUCCACCGCAGGGCGGCGGCGGCGGAGAUUCGCCGGAUUACAAGUGCAGCCCUGACCAGGAGAACAUGCCACUGGCCGUCGAUUCCCUCCAAUUCCAGCAGCUCGCCGGCUCCUCCGCUGCAGCUCCACCCUCUCGUGUUCCCGCCGGUUCCUUCGCUUUUGCACUUGCGCUCUCUUCCACCUUUUUGCUGCUCCUUCCCCUCUCUCGGCUUCACUCGCUAUAAGACGCAGACGGCGGUGCUCACACUUUACAUUUUCUAUCCAACUUUUUGUUGCUUUUUGUCCAUUUUUUCCCGUUUUAGACAGUCAGAUAAUAUAUUGUAGUUUUUUUUUUUUGUCUUAAAAAAAGUUCAGGAUCAGUAUCAUUAGCCUAUGAUAAUGGAAAGAUGAGCAACAUGGCCAGCUCCAUGAUCAAAGUUGCCACCAUUUGUGAAAUUAAAACUAAUUCACGUUACAUAAAGAGAUAUGUUAUUCUGUUAUCUUGGCAAAA